GGCUUGAAAACGAGUUUGCGAGAAUGCGAAUACAGUACUGGCAGACCAGAAAGACGCGCAUAUAGACAGCCAAAUGUUUGGGCUUUUCGGGAAAAGUAGGCCUUUUAAAAUCCGGAGCCUACAAGAUAACAGGAAGUACGGAGUUGCAGCAAGCGACGUGAAGGAGUUGCUUAAAAAGGGUUGCAACAUAUUAAAGUUGCCACUCUCUGGUGCACACGUUUGUCUGUACGAAGACGGGACGAAGGUGACAAAAGAAUUUUUCACAACUUUGCCUGACAAUACAGAACUCGUUCUCCUCUGCAAAGAUCAAACAUGGGGCGGAGCUGUGUGUGACAUUGCCCAGUUACUGAGCUCGGACCAGCACACCGCGGGCCUCGUCCAAGCGGCAAAGGGCCUCCUCACGGGUGAAAAGUCUCCCAAGAGACGGAAAAUCCUGAGCGACCUUCUCCGGAACCUGGAGGACAGAUCUGAGCUAGAGAGCAGAGAUGAGGAUGAAGACUGGUUCACGGGCGUGGAGGCUCGCUUCAAGACCAAGUCUGCCUACUUGAAGUACAACUGUGAAAGUAGGAUAAGAAGCUACAUGAAAGAGUUGGACGAUGCCACCAAAUCCGCGCAGAAAGCUAACGUCCGAGUCGAGUGUUUGCAUGCGUCGAAGAGCAUCUCGCGGAUGCUGAAGUCAGACAAAUAUAACGGCUGCUACUUUGACCGCACCGAAAAGGAGACGCACCGACUGUGUACCCGAGAAGGCUGGUUCACCUGCCAGGGCUCUUUUGACCAGACCAAGUGUGCGUCGCUUCACUCCAUCAACCCGUAUGGCAGCAGAGAGAGCCGCAUCGUGUUCAGCACCUGGAAUCUGGACCACAGGAUUGAAAAGAAGCGCACCAUCAUCCCUGCUCUCCUGGAAGCACUGCAAAAUCACACGUGUGAGGACAUCAAUUUGACGUACUUCUACAGACUGCUGUUUACGCGGGACAACCUGAAGCUGGUCCACGUCGUGUGCCACAAGAAGGGAGCCCACAACCUGCUGUGUGACCCAAAUAAGAUCUUUAAAAGACAGCAACCGGGGAAGAAGAUACGCUUGAAAUGAAUUUAGAAAGAUGAGCUCACCGUUUUAACCGAUUUUAUCACCCAUUCCGCAUUUUCUUCAGGACUGACAGACAUCACUUCGCGCUUCUUCAAACGAAGCAAGAAAAGAUGAAACCACCACUUGUUGUUAGUCUUGGCACGGCAAUGUUUACUGCAUUAAAUGCUUACAAG